AUGGCUUCUACCAAUGGAGAAACCGAUCAGGUUUUGGUGGAAGAAAAAUCAUCUGUGAGGAUUUUCACGCUUAACAGGCCAAAGCAGCUCAAUGCUCUUUCAUCUGCAAUGGUGUCUCGUUUGUUGGAGCUUUUGCUUGCUUGUGCAGAUGAUCCUUCAAUCAAAUUAAUAAUUUUAAAGGGGAAAGGAAGAGCAUUUUGUGCUGGAGGUGAUGUUGCUGCAGUUGUUCAUGAUAUUAAACAAGGUAAUUGGAAGUCAGGUGUGAGUUAUUUCAGAGAGGAGUUCACGAUGAACUAUGUGAUAGCUACUUACAGUAAACCCCAGGUUUCAAUUCUGAAUGGAAUUGUGAUGGGAGGAGGAGCUGGUGUUUCUAUACAUGGUAGAUUUCGAAUUGCUACGGAAAAUUCGCUUUUUGCUAUGCCUGAAACAGCUCUGGGGCUUUUCCCAGAUAUAGGUGCUUCGUAUUUUUUAUCAAGACUUCCUGGUUUUUUUGGAGAAUACGUUGGUCUGACUGGUGCACGGUUAGAUGGUGCCGAGAUGCUUGCAUGCGGUCUAGCAACUCACUUUGUUCCAUCAGAGAGACUGGCUUCUUUAGAAGAUGCACUUGUGAAAGCAAAUUCCAGUGAUCCAGCUGUUAUUUCUUCUAUUAUUGGUGAAUUCUCUCAAAUACGGAAUUUGAAGCGGAAUAGUUUUCACAUCCUCAUUUCUUGCUACUAUACCUGCAGAUUGAAAACAAUUGAUAAAUGUUUCGCGAGAAGAACAAUUGAAGAGAUCAUUGUAGCCCUUGAAAGUGAGGCUGCAGAAAAGAAUGACGAUUGGAUCUCGUCUACAAUUAACUCAUUGAAGAAAGCAUCCCCUAUGAGCCUUAAAAUCUCUCUUAGAUCGAUUCGAGAAGGGAGGCUUCAGGGCAUUGGCAAAUGCCUCGCUCGGGAGUUCAGAAUGGUUUGUCGUGUGCUGCGUGGAGAUAUUAGCAAGGAUUUUGUCGAGGGUUGCAGAGCCAUACUGAUUGACAAGGACCGGAAUCCAAAGUGGGAGCCCUCGAACUUAGAGUCGAUUAGUAAAGAAAUGGUCGAGCGAUAUUUCGCCAAGGGAAAUGAAGAUGACUGGGAAGAUUUGAAGCUGCCAGUCAACUCAAACUUACCUGCAUAUGCCAUUGCUAAACUGUAA